CUAGGAAACCGGAGCGAUUCGCUUACAACAUAUUCGAUGAGAUGCGGAAACACUGAAUCCUCAUUGUGAGCAAAUACACAUUCGGACCCCAGGAAUUGCAGAAGCUUUUCACUGGAAUUUUAGCGGGGGAGAUCAACAUGGAAAGCAGCAGCAAUGGAGACAAGCAAGCGCCCACUGUUUUCCUGGAUCGAGCUUCUCGAGCAACCAGAGGGAAACGGAUGACCAAAUUGCUAGACGAGGAGAUAGAAGAGGAUGAGACGUUUUGGAAUCAAGAUGCUCUUAAAGAUGAGGAGAAUGAUCAAGAGUAUGAAGAAGAAGCAGAAGUUGCCGAUGUUUUUGAUAGUGAUUUUGAAGAAGAUGAACCUGAGGCAGAUGAAGAAGGCGAGAAUGAACCAGAUGACAGGAAGCAGACAAAAAAGCGAUUAAUAUUUCCGGGAAAACCUCCGGGAAACAAGAAAAAGAAAAAGAAAGUACUUUCUAAGUUAGAGACUGCUUCUGAAGAGAAAAAAACUCCAGAGCAAUCCACACCUUCUGAACAUCAUGAUGCACCUGAUGAUGUUGAAGAGGAGAGAAUAAUUAGAAAAUCAACAAGAACUUCUGUCAUUGUAAGACAAGCUGAAAGGGAUGCAAUACGUGCAGCAUUGCAGGCAACUAUGAAGCCAAUAAAAAGGAAAAAGGAAGGUGAAGAGAAAAAAAUGAGUCAAGAAGAGAUGCUUUUGGAGGCAGCUCAGACAGAGAUCAUGAACUUGAGGAACUUGGAAAAGGUUUUAGCAAGAGAAGAAGAAGUGAAGAAAAAAGCCAUUGUUCAUAAAGCAGUCUACAGUGGCCCUCAGAUAAGAUAUCUUUCAAAAGAUGGUUGUUCAUACCUUGAAUUUAGUAAUGGUGCAUCAUUUGAGUCAGAGAUAUCAACAACAUCCACUCCAUACCCACAGAAGCCGGUGUGUGCAGUUACUGGACUCCCUGCAAAGUAUCGUGACCCAAAGACUGGCCUACCUUAUGCAACAAAAGAGGCAUUCAAGAUCAUCCGUGAAGGGUAUUCAAUUGAAAAGAACAGCCUUGUUCAGAAAAAGGGCAUCAUCGAUGUUCUAUCGAAUGCCAUAUCUGGAUCAGGAUUUUCUAUAAGACGGAAGAGAUCAAAACCUCCAUACAACAGCAGAGAAAUGUCAGAUUCCCGGGUUUUUGCCCGGUUUCGCAGGAUCCCCAUCUAUGAAAUCCAGGACUCUGAAUAGCUCUGCCGUGUAAAAGACUCAAAAUUAUGAAUGUAGAUUGCACAAACAUGAAAAUGAAAUGACCAAGUAAUGUCUCCGAAACUAGAUUCUGGAUGUAAUCUAUACAUACUUUUAAUUCAAAAAAGCUUACUAAUUUAUACUAGGUUGUUUCUAGACAAGUGAGUAGACCCACUAGACCCUGAAACUUUAUAUAAGCAAUACCAAAAUUAUGUUCUUUAUGGGCGACAAAAGAAACCCGCAGUUUCUGUGUGACGGGCUCAAUUAAAAAGGUGUUAGCAAGAAUUAAA